AUGUCCACUUCCCCGGAGAGGGAUAGGGAAGGAAUCUUCGACUCCAACUCUUCAGGCGUUUCGAACGAGUUGGUUAACAAGAAGAAGCGCUCCAACUCCGAAGCAACGGAAUAUCCCCGUAGGCGCGCCACCAUCGCCUGUCAAAUCUGCCGCCUGCGGAAGACGAGGUGCAACGGAGCUCGGCCAAAGUGUCAGCUCUGCACUGACCUUGAUGCGGAAUGUGUCUACAGAGAACCUGGCAUCAAACUGGAUGCCGGAGAUAAGCUGAUCAUUGAAAGACUCACGAGGAUUGAAGGACUCUUGCAAACCAGUCUGGCCACGCAGAACUCGCACUUUGCGUUGUCUUCAACCUCACCCGCUACCAGUAAUGGAACCAACAUUGGGAGCGAUGACGCAGGUGCGAAAGCGUCUAGUCAUCUGGCGAUACCCAAGGGGACCUCUAUUGCCGGACUCGCCUCAUGGGCAAACCCACCAACAAGCAUAUCGACCAUGCCCAGGGUACACACCACCCCUGCUUUGAACCUCCUUAACUGGCCCUUGAUCCGGGAGCUGGUUGCUCGCCCAUAUGACUCUCAAACACUAUUGCAGCUGGAAAUGGCUCGAGAACCGCUCAGGAUGACCCCUCCCGUUGCAUUCGAUUUAUCCCGUGCUACGGCUUAUAUCGAAUCGUUUUUUGAAAGAGUGAACGUCUGGUAUGCAUGCGUUAGUCCCUACACAUGGGCGAGGUACUACAACACUGCGAUUUCCCUCAGCUUUCGAGAGGGUCCAGAGAGCUGUGUUGUUCUUUUGGUUCUGGCUCUCGGUUGUGCCGCCGAAUGCGGCAGUAUCGCUCUGGUAUCAACCGAUAGGGAUCCUCCUGGAUUGUCAUUUUUCCGAGCGGCGUGGAAUAUUCUACCAUCGGUGAUGAUGCGCAACUCCGUGGUCGCUGCGCAAUGUAUUAUCAUGGCCGCUGCUUACUUGUUCUACUUGGUUCGGCCACUUGAGGCUUGGACAUUACUCUCGAAUGCCAGCAUGAAGCUACAGUUAUUAUUCGGCAACCCGUCUCGUGUUCCUUCUCAGUGGAGAGAGUUGAGCGUCAGAGUGUACUGGAAUGCCCUGCUCUACGAAAGUGAUUUGCUCGCGGAAUUGGACUUGCCGCACUCUGGAAUAGUAAACUUUGAGGAGCUGGUCGACCUUCCAGGGGGGUUUGAUGAGGAUGAAGAUGAGGAAUAUGACGACGAGGACGGCAAUGACGAGACCACUAGGAACAAACCGGUCAAUCCUGUUGGCCGUGACGAACUCUGGUACUUUCUGGCCGAGAUCGCCCUUAGAAGAUUGCUCAAUCGAGUCAGUCAUAUGCUCUAUCAAAAAGACAACAGCCUCACACUCGCCUCCUUAGCACCAAUUGUCUCGGAAUUGGAUUUCCAAUUAUCCCAAUGGUAUGAAGGCCUGCCACCGCCGGUCCGGUUUCCCCUAUCCCAUGCCCCUAUAUCACAUUCCGUUCAGACUGUCCUUCGCCUGCGAUACUUCGCCUGCCGAACAAUCAUCUACAGACCGUAUAUCCUGGCGGUCUUCGAGAGCGAACAGGCCUCUAGCGAUCCUUGGGUGAGGGAGUGUUGCCGGCGUUGCUUAGAGGCUACGCUCUAUCAGCUGGAAAACGUCACCACCCAUCGUGACGGCCAUCUGCCGUAUCUAUGGCAGGGCGCCCUAUCAAUGGUCUCGCAGUCGCUUCUGAUAAUGGGCGCGACAAUGUCCCCUGCCCUCUCUAAAAUACUCCCCUCUACUUUGCGUGUUGAUGGCAUCAUAUCCAGCGUAAUAGUGGAGGUCGACAGGUACGCACAUCUUGCACCAAGCCUCAAACUAUCUUCGGAAAUUCUACGCGAUGCGGAGAGGCGGCGGCAAAUCUGCCUUGGGUCUUCGGGGAAAAGAGCCUGA